UCCAUCUCUCCUCCUGCGCGCGCGCACGCGCGUCCGAACGGCGCAUGUAAGUGUUGUUUUCCUGCAUCCGCAGUCGCUCGUGUUUGCUUUCCGACCCAUCUUCGCAAGUUGACUUAUUAUUUCCGUGCGGCCUCCUACUCUUUUCUCUUCGUCUCUCUCUCUUUUGUUCCUUUUCCUGACCGCUGGCCGGGAAGUAACCACGCCGACCUGUGCCCAUGAAAGCCAGCGAGGGACCGCUACGUCGCUCUCAUCAUCAUCAUCAUCAUCAUCGUCAUCACCAUCACCACCACCACCACCAUCAUCAUCAUUGUCCCUGCUCGUGAUUUCCGACUGGGUGCAGACGAGAGAGAUUGUUUGCGCCCAUGGCGUCCGUUUCGAAGGUGUCUAUUUUGGAUUACUUUAAUAUUGUGUUCGAGGGCGAGAAUGGGAAAAUCGAAUCCAACUGCAAAGCGUGUGGCACCAGAAUUCAAGCGAAGCGCAGCGUCACGUCCAACUUCGUCACGCAUCUUAAGCGCAAGCACCAGGCCAUGUAUGAUGACUUUGUCAAAAGGAAGGACAUGAAGAGAGAAGGCUUCCCCUCUGCACCUAUGCACACUUUGAUGGCCAAUGGAGGGAAUUCCCGCUACACUUUCCCUGCGGGGGCAGGAAUGGGAGGAGGUGCUGGAGGGAUGGGCACCUUAGAUGGAGGAGGAGGAGUAAGCAAGUUUGACAAGCACGAUCCACGUCAGGUUUUGAUAAGUGAGGCCAUUGCGAAGAUGAUCGUUCGCGAUCUGCAGCCAGUUUCAAUGGUGGAGAACUGUGGCUUCAGGGUACUCCUUCAGCUCCUGGAGCCACGCUACACUCCGGACCCCCAGUACUACAUCCAAAACCAGCUCCUCCCAGCUUACACCUACCAGGCCCAGGUGACAAUUCGUCAGGCGCUGGCUUCGGCGCAUGCCCUCAGCCUCAGCCUGGAUGUCUGGAGGGCCUCGUCCGCAUCUUCGCUAGGCUACCUCGGUGUCACCUGCCAUUUUCUGUCAAUGGAGUGGCAGAUGCGCUCGGCUCUCCUGGCGUGCCUUCCCCUCACCGGGAAUCGAAUCCUUUCCGAUUUCGAAGACGUCUGUCACUCUCACGGCGUGUCCGGAAGAGCCUUCCGUGUGGUGUCCGACCCGAUUCUGACCACCACGACUGUGAAGCCACGCUGUCUACCCGGUUUCUGCCAAGAGGAGGAUGAAGAGGAUGUCGAAAGGUGCACCGACGAGGAGGGAGGCAUUAGGAAUGGACACGGGGGAGAGGAAGCGUGGGAGGACUCGUGGGAGCGGGAUGGCGGCGUUCGCCGUGUGGACUGCUUCUCUCGCUCUCUCAGCCAUUGUGUCAGAGAGGGCUUGCGUUCUUGUACGCAACUCGCUUCUGCGCUAGCCAAAGCUGGCCACUUCUACAGAUACAUUACAACAGUGGUUCCACCGGAGAAAUUAAGUCAGGUGCUUGAUGGACCUGGUUUGAUGAUGGGAGCCCUGGGAAACCCUUUAGCACCGCUUCAAGACUGGGCGAUCCAGCUUAAGAUGCUUCGCCGGCUUCUGGACUCCGUGGAGGUCUUGGAGGAGAUGAGCGGACCUGGGGAAAUGGUGCUAGGUGUUUCGGAGACGGCGUUGCUGAGGGAGCUCACUGACACUUUGGAGCCCUUCAUGGAAGCCUGGGACAUGGUUUGCGGGGAACGACAGACGGACACGCAGACCGACGUGCCGACAGACAGACACGUGUCCGUUAGUCUUGCGCUCCCGUGCGUACUGGGUUUACGCAAGCAUCUUUCGGAGACGUCCACCCCUCAUUGCCCUUCUCUCCUGGCCAGCCUGAGUCAGGCAACUGAGCGCCGCCUCGCUCCCAUCCUGGAGGACCCCCUCUACAUCACCGCCACCACUCUCGACCCUCAAUUCAAGCUCACGUGGAGCAGUGACCCCGAGUGGCACGGACAAGUUCUUCUGAAAGAACUAUCCAAAUAUUCCGCAGAGUCCAACCCAGAACGACUUCCUCAUUCCCACACGUCUCCAACCCCGACACCGUCGCCCGUGUCGCCGCUGACUCGUCCCUGCAAGUUGUUCUCUUUCAUCAAGCAGAGACCCACCACGCAAGCCAAGAGCCUGGAACAGGAGCUAGCCAUCUACUUGCGAGAGGAACCCACGGAUGAAGAGGUUUUGCAUUACUGGCGACGGAAAGCCAUUGACUUCCCGCUCCUUGCCCAGGUGGCCAAAAGGGCGGUGACCAUACCCGCUUGCGGCACGGCGGUCGAAAGCAUCUUCAGCAAGGCCGAGCGCUGCCUGAGGCCCGAGAGAGGGCGACCCUUACCAAAGAACCUGGAGACACUUAUCUACCUCAAAGCCAAUUAUAGAUUAUUGUGGACAUAGUCUAGUUGUUUGCAGCCUUAUAGUAAAUAUGGCAGCGCGUAUUAAGGAAUAAAGGGAACACCUUUGCCUGACACUAUCUUUAUCCAACCAGCCAAUGAACCCACUAACAAACCAAUGAUUACAUUAAACAAAACUGCAUCGGACUUCUUGUCGCUGAUAUCUAUAUACUAACCGGAAAAGUUAAUGUAUUGGAUUUUUAGACUACUUCUAUGACAAUGCGUCACCCACUAACAUUGCCAGUUUCCUUCUGUGUGUGUAUGCCUCAUCACUAGCACUUAAUA